UUGUUGCUUUAUUGACGCACAGUCCUCAAAGCGAAAUGAAGUUCUGUUUAUUAAUUGCAGUAGCUGGAUUCUAUGUGGCAGCUGCUGUUUCUCCGGCGGAUAAUCCACUGAUAAUCACCUCACAGUUGGUGCAAGUCGAACGCCUGAAUGGGAAGCUGCAGGAAAAAAUAGACGAGUUGACAGUAAAGUUAGCUGAGAAUCAGUUUAAGGAAAAGCAAAUUCAGGUGCUCAAGUAUACAAAAGGAUUACUUGAGAACAAGUGCGGCACAGAUGGGAAUGUUGAAGCAAGCAAUGGAUUAACCGAUGAACUAGUAAAUAAAGUGGCGCAGCUAAGGUCCAUCAUUCUGAGCUUAAAGGAAAAUAUACAAUUAAGUCAAAACACGCAGCUAAAAUUAUUGAAUCAAUUGCAAAACAAGUGCGACGGCCAUACGAUCCAGAAUUCUGGACCCAUAAUCGGGUCCAUUAGCAAUGGAAUGAACGACUUCAUAGCACGUUCAAGCAACUGUUUACCAAUGGGACAACAGACAACUAUUGCGACAAUCGAAAUACCGCGCAUUGGGCCAACUUCCGUUCUGUGCGAUGGACGUACAGCGGGUCCUGGAUGGCUGGUGAUACAGCGACGCUUCGAUGGUUCCCCGGACUUUUAUAGAAGUUGGGCUGAGUAUCGUAAUGGUUUUGGUCAACUGGGUGGCGAUUACUUUAUCGGCCUGGAAACUCUCUAUCGCCUAACCAGCUCUGAGCCCCAUGAACUGUAUAUACACUUAGAAAACUUUAAUGGCAUGAAGUCCUAUGCUCGAUAUAGUAACUUUCAAAUUGGCGGCGAAGAUACGAAAUAUGAGUUGAGAAUGCUGGGCGCAUUCAGUGGCACUGCGGGCGACAGACUCUCUGGCAGUUUGUAUUCCAAGUUUUCAACCUACGAUCAGGACAACAACCAAGGGGGGUAUUACAAUACCGCUGUCAGUUAUCAUGGAGGCUGGUGGUAUUUCAAAAACAUGGCUGAGGGCUGCAAUCUCAAUGGUAGAUAUUUCAACUAUGAAACCGCAAACAUACAAGCCAUGAGCUGGAAGGAUAAUCUGUCCCUAAAAUCCGUGACAAUGCUAAUACGUCCACAACGUGCAAUGUAUCAGAACUAAAAACAGUUCUAAGAAUUGUUAAGCAAAUAAAUUUUCG